GCCCUCUGCAACCGUAACCUAAGCACCGCCCUCGCCCUUGUCCUCUCUCUCUCUCUCGCCUUGGCGAUCUACUCGUCGACUCGGAAAGCGAUAUGGCUGAGGGAUUUCUUCCUCCUGAUGGUGGCACUGGGGGGACUAGGAUUGGUAAGAUCUUCCUAUCAAAUACAGCAAUCGGUAUGGGAAGUGGUGGGAUCACAGAGUUCGAGGGCUUCUACAAUGACAGCAUACCUGUUGUGGUCAAACGAUCCCGAGCGGAUCUGCUUCCUCUUGCCUAUUGAAUUCCUGAGUUGAUACAUCCAAAUAUUGUUCGGUAUUGGGCAGCUGAGGGCGACAAGGAUUUCGUGUAUUAUGCUGUAGAGCGCUGUACUUGCAGCUUGUAUGAUUUGAUUCGAGUACUCUCACCCCAUUCAUAUUCUUCAGAUUUGUGUGUCUCGCCUGAUGAUUCACCAUCAAUGGUUAGCUAUAAGAGCAGGUUGAGGUGUCUUAGGGAUACGAUGCAGGAUGUUAGCUUGUGGACCGAUGGUGGCCGUCCCUCACCCUUGUUGCUGAAACUGAUGAGGGAGGUGGUAUCAGGACUCGGCCAUAUGCAUGACUUGGGAUUACUCCAUCGGGACCUAAAGCCUCAAAAUAUCUCCAUUACGGGGAAACCGCUAGUUGCUAAGCUAUCUAAUUUAGGAACUGACCUAAAUGAUGGAACCCCAGGAUGGCAAGAACGUGAUAGAUAUCUUCGUCCUUCAAUUCCGGCAAUUGAUAUGUUUGGUUUUGGUUGUGUCCUCUUCUUUUGUGUCACCGGUGGAAAACAUCCAUUGGGAAACGUAACACCCUACUUCAAUAUCAUGAACAACAACAUGGAUCUAUCCUUGCUGGCCUCCAUGCCUGAGGCUCAUGAUUUGAUAUCGAGAUUACUAAACCUGGACCCCAUAUUGAGGCCAAAGGCAUCAGAGGUGCUUCAACAUCCAUUUCUCAGUAAUUCAGGGACAAGACGGUCCUUUUUUGGUGAUGCCAAGGAUAGGGCAGUGAAGAUACCGCACUCCACGGAUGCUCCAAAACUAGCGAAGGAGAUGGGACGAUUUCCUGCACCCUUGAUGGAGGUGGUGUCUCUAUUCUGCAAAAAAGAAGUUGUCUUUAGGAAGUACUUAAAAUAUUUUAAGUGAUGUUUUCACCCUUUGGGAUCUCUGUCGGAAGGAUCUUGAGGAAGAAAUUAGGCGUCAAUUGCGCAUGGCCAAAGUUUUACAGCCAGAUAUUUGGUCGUGCCCUUUUUAGCAACAGCAUUGACAUGUAACGACAUUUAUUCAGCUUGUCAACCUGAACUUGCAUCAUGGUA